AUGGUGAAGUUUUCGGCUCUUCUACUCGAUAUCGAAGGCACCAUCACCAGCAUUUCAUUUGUAAAGGACACGCUAUUCCCGUACGCCUAUAAUGCAGUUGAAAGUUUCAUUCGUGAGCAUUUUGAAGAUGAAUUGAUGACGGAGAUAAUCGCUGAUAUACGAGAUGUCUCUGAACGAGAAUCGAAAAGUACCAUUUCCUUCUGGUGUUUUAGUGACGUUAGAAGCAGAACCUUUGUAGUAUUAAUUAUAAAUGAAUGUAUGUUCAGUAUCUACCCAGAUGUACUCUCGGUACUUCAGUCACUGUCUGUGCCUGUGUAUAUCUAUUCCUCAGGGUCAGUGCUUGCCCAAAAACUGCUAUUUGGUAAUUCAGUGGUGGGAGAUGUUACGAAAAACCUAUCUGGUUAUUUUGACACGAAUGUCGGCCUCAAGGGAGAAUCGGAAUCAUACGAGAAAAUAUGUAAAGAAAUCGGUGUAAAUCCAUCUGAUGUACUUUUUCUUACUGAUGUCGAAGCAGAAGCGAGAGCUGCUCGUGCUGCCGGUGUUCAAGUUAUUCUAGUUGUUCGAGACGGUAAUUCACCACUAUCUGAGGAGGCCAAGCAGGACUUCCGCGUUAUUCAUUCAUUAGAAGAAAUUUGCUGA